UCUUAGUUCGCAUGACUCUCUUUUUUUUUUUCUUUGCAGGUGGCAGUACUUUCCAGGCUGCAGGAAAAUCGUAUUGCAUUGAGAAGCUGUGGCACGAUCCAGUGCCCAAAGAAAUCUCUUAUACAGGCUACGUGACUGAAGACGGACACAAGUUUGCGUGCAACCACUCCAAAGACGUGUCCAGCCAUGUCAUUUUUGUGGUGGAUCGAUCAGGAUCCAUGGGAUCGCCGGACAUUAAACCGAAGAUGGUCAAGUUCCCGGAGAACCGUCUCGGCUGCGUCUUCGAGGCCAUGGUUCGUUUCAUUCGGACCCGCAUAGCCGCCAACCUUCAAGACGUAAUGUCAGUGGUUCUCUUUGACGACCACGGACAGAUCGCGAUGGAGCGGGAGCACAUGUCCGAGCCUCAGGUGGACAAGCUUCUCACUUUUGAAGACGCCGGGGGAACUGUUUACUCGUCCGGGAUUGCUCGCGUUGAAGAGAUUCUAGUUCGCUCGGUCAGUGAUCCAGCAGUGGCCGGCAAGAGUCCCGCAGUGGUGUUUCUGAGCGAUGGUGACAACUAUGGAGGUUUGGAUCCCGUGCACUGCGUGAACCAACUCAAGAAGCUGGAACAGAGUCUCAUCUUUCACACCAUCAUGUUUGCGACCGAUCCGACCAAUUCCGCGAAGAAACUUCUCACCGACAUGGCUGAUGCUGGCGACGGCAUGUUUCAAGUGAGCAUUGACGAGAUCCAGCUCUCGAGGAGCUUCGAAGACCUUGCAAAGAGUCUACGUCCAAAAGUGGCAUCUCUCAUGUAGCUGACUCAGGAGGAUAUAGGAUAUGUCGAGCAUAUGUCAGCGUCUUUGUUAUCAGGAAAGCAAUCGUAAUUUACAUUUCCUUUGUCAUGUU